AUGCAGGACGCUAUUAUUCUGGAAUUCUCGAAGUGGGGAUUUCAACUGGACGACCCUCCUCCCAAUCCUCCUCGUCUGGAACAGGCAUCUCUUCCACAGGCGGUCUCUCCUCGAGAUCACCUGGGGGCUGAUCAGGACGAUCAGGUUCUGGACCAGGGCGAGGCAGUGGCGGCUGGUUCCUCGGAUUCCUGUCUGGAGGAGGUGGAGGAGGGAGCUCGUCCGGAUGAAGUGGAUGCGGAUAUUCUGGUGGAGCGGAAGACACAGGAGGCUUUGGUAGUUCUUCGGGGACGCCCCGAGGAGGUUUUGGAGGACCCGGUAUUGGAUCUAGCCGAGACGUACGGAUAA